UGUGGAUGACGACAUGAUGGGCUAGCGACAGUGUGUUUUGUCACGACAACUCCUGCAUAAGACCGCCGCGGUAGUGUCUGACGGUCACUUAAGAACGUGAGCGGCACCGGUGAACACCAACUUUCCCGGCAAAACUGGCAACAGAAAGGGCUUGAGAGGUGACGUAACAUCGAAUCGCGCGAGACAACUGGGGCAGAGAAAAGAGAUUUUUCCAACCCGUUCUCCAAACUGGAGAGGCAUUGGAAAGAUACUCCGAGAACGAAUCAAAGAACAGACUGCGGAUCGCUCGUGAAGAUCAUAACAGAAAAGCAGAAAACUUAAAACAGACACUAAACAUCAAAUAUGACUUCAUACAAACGACUGUGCGGUUGUCUUGUGGUGGUUGUAUGGCUUUGCAAAGCACAAGGAAAUCAUCUUGGGGAAGGUACCCGAAACCCUGCCAGUGACAGCUCUCCUCCCCCCUCCUCCGGCUAUGGUGGGGCUCCAGGGGGUUCACCCUAUGGCGGUGGGGCGUUCGGGGGUCCGACGGGUGGAUUUCCUGGUCCUGGCGGUGGAGCGUAUGGUGCCCCGCCAGCCGGCGGUGGUUUUUCACCGAAUGCACCUCCUCCAGGCUUCUUCGGCGGUGCUGGUGGCGCCGGUCAAGGCCCUCCUAAUACACCUAAUGCGCCUGGGACGUUUGUUGAUGGCAGUCCUUUCCCAGAUUUCUCUGGACUGGCAACCAGUAACCCAAAUUUCACUCCCACGAAUCAGGUAGGCCCACCUCAAACGAACUUUGGAAUGCCGCCACCUGGAGGCAACCCUGGCCUUCCACCUCCAGGACCCGGUAACCAAGGACCUGGCGGAGCUGGUGCAUUUGGAGGACCACCCCCAGGACCGGGAAAUCAGGGACCUGGCGGAGCUGGUGCAUUUGGAGGACCACCUCCCGGACCCGGUAACCAAGGACCCGGUGGUGCAUUUGGAGGUCCACCUCCUGGACCAGGAAAUCAAGGACCUGGCGGAGCUGGUGCAUUUGGAGGUCCACCUCCUGGACCGGGAAAUCAAGGACCUGGCGGAGCUGGUGCAUUUGGAGGACCACCCCCAGGACCGGGAAAUCAAGGACCUGGCGGAGCUGGUGCAUUUGGAGGACCACCCCCAGGACCGGGAAAUCAAGGACCUGGCGGAGCUGGUGCAUUUGGAGGACCACCUCCUGGACCGGGAAAUCAAGGACCUGGCGGAGCUGGUGCAUUUGGAGGACCACCCCCAGGACCGGGAAAUCAAGGACCUGGCGGAGCUGGUGCAUUUGGAGGACCACCCCCAGGACCGGGAAAUCAAGGACCUGGCGGAGCUUUCCAAGGUCCUCCUCCCCCUAACGGAGCUUUUCAAGGCCAGGGACCACCUCCCCCUCCUGGUCCUGCCAACCAAGGUGGACCAUUCCAAGGACCACCACCCCCUACCGGCGGAUUUCAAGGCCAAGGCCCCCCUCCCCCUAAUGGCGGACCCCAAGGACAAGGGCCUCCUCCACCUCCGGGCCCGGCCAACCAAGGUAGACCAUUCCAAGGACCUCCACCCCCAAGUGGAGGAUAUCAAGGUCAAGGUCCCCCUCCUCCUCCUAAUGGCGGACCACAAGGGCAAGGCCCUCCUCCUCCAGGCCCUGCCAACCAAGGUGGACCGUUUCAAGGACCCCCUCCCCCUCCCGGUCCUGGUAACCAGGGUGGUCAGUUUCAAGGACCCCCACCCCCGAACAAUGGUUUCCAAGGACAAGGACCCCCACCCCCUAAUAGUGGUUAUCAAGGACAAGGCCCCCCACCCCCUCCAGGUCCCCAGGGUGGUCAGUUCCAAGGACCCCCGCCCCCCAACGGUGGAUAUCAAGGACAAGGUCCACCGCCUCCCAACGAUGCCAGAUUUCAAGGCCAAGGACCCCCUCCCGGUCCCAGUAACCAGGGUGGUCAGUUUCAAGGACCGCCGCCACCUAACGGUGGUUUCCAAGGACAAGGACAAGGACCCCCGCCCCCUAACGGUGGUUAUCAAGGACAAGGACCCCCACCCCCUAGCGGUGGUUAUCAAGGACAAGGAUCCCCACCCCCUAACGGUGGUUUCCAAGGACAAGGACAAGGACCCCCACCCCCUAACGGUGGUUAUCAAGGACAAGGACCCCCUCCUCCCAACGACGCCAGAUUCCAAGGACAAGGACCACCUCCCCCUAACGCCUCUCCAAAGGGAGGAUACCAAGGAAAUGGAGGCAACAGCGGGGUGUACCAAGGAAACAAUCCAGUGCCGCUACCCAAUGGAAGACCAGCCAAUGGCCCCUCAAACCAGGCUGGCUCUAGGUACGGUUCUAAUCCUGGCAACUCAGGCGCCCCAAGGCCUGGGGUAACUUACACCCCUGGUGGCUCACAGGGGAGUUAUAACCCUGGUUCUUCAACAAGACCGGGAUCAAGUGGUGGCUCUUCAUCCUCCCCCUACGGCAACCCUGGGACACAAUACGGAGCAGUUAGACGCGAGACCGCUGGGGGUCAGGUCGGAGGCCCGGGGGAUCAAUACCCAGGGAUAUUUGGUGGCGCAUCCUCACAGUACGGCAGAACACCGAACCGCCUCUCCCUAAGUUCGACCUACCAGGCAGUACCCUCAAAGACCACAGAUGAAGUUCAACGUUCCUCAAAUGGUUGGAGUAGCUGGUCCGAUUACUCCAGCUGCUGUAGAGGGGUACAGUUCCGAAUGCGACAGUGCCGUAAUCCGGACUCUCUAGGUGCGCCCCCUUGCGAUGGUUCAGCCAUAGACAUGCAGGCGUGUUCUCCGGCCCCCGGGACAGCGUAUGAAGACAAGUGUCUUACCCAGCCUGGGAAUUUUAACUACAACCUUCGGUAGUACUGCGAACAGUGAUGGAAAAGAUUGAACUUGUGCUUGCUUUAGUUGGUAUUCGAAUCCCGUGGCUCUGAAUUAUACAUAAGGGCUUUUUUCGGCAAAAUUCUGGUUCUCUUGUUUCCAAACAAACGGGAAAACUGAUUUUUACGCCAGGAAAAAGGUCGGCGUGACUUUUUUAAGGUUUAAAUGAUGUACGGAAGAAAUGUACUAGUUGGGUGUUUCAACAAAAAGAUGUUAGCUCAUACCAAAAAUAAGAACAGAUAAAUUUGAAUGUAAAGCACAUAGAUUAUAUGGAAUAUGCAACUAUGCCUUUUGUGCAAGUAAUUCGACGUAUGACGUUAUUACUAUCGUCACCACUCACGUGACGUAAUCAACAUAGGCUUUCAUCUUAAAAUGUUCACUCGGAAUUGAGAAGCAAUAUUCUCAUUUUCCAAAUUAGGUACGGAUUCUUAACUUUAUUCAUUGUGCCAACAAAAGUGCCUCGAUCUGUGUUGAUAACUUACAGGUUUCUGUGUGCUUGUCUGACAAAAAAAA